UCUCAGCUCUUCAUCAUCAUUAUCGUCAUCAUCAUGGCCUUCCUCUGGAUCAUCUGCUUUGCCUUCGUCAGUGCCGCCUACGGCUGUGGCAUCCCUGCCAUCCCCCCCCAGGUAUCCGGAUAUGCCCGCAUCGUGAACGGCGAGGAGGCGGUGCCUCACUCGUGGCCCUGGCAGGUGUCUCUGCAGCAAUCCAAUGGAUUCCACUUCUGUGGAGGAUCUCUGAUCAACGAGAACUGGGUGGUGACCGCCGCCCACUGCAACGUCAUGACCUACCACCAAGUGAUUGCAGGAGAGCACGAUAAGGGCUACAACUCCAACGAGGACGUCCAGGUUCUGAAGCCUGCAAAGGUGUUCACCCACCCCAACUGGAACCCCAGUACCAUCAACAAUGACAUCUCCCUCAUCAAGCUUGCCUCCCCCGCCCGCCUCGGGACCAACGUGUCCCCCGUCUGUCUCCCUGGGUCCUCUGAUGUCUUUGAUGCUGGAAUGACCUGCGUCACCUCUGGAUGGGGUCUGACCCGCUACAACGCUCCCAGUACUCCCAACAAGCUGCAACAGGCUGCCCUGCCCCUGCUGUCCAACCAGGACUGCAAGCAGCACUGGGGCAGCAACAUCUCCGAUGUCAUGAUCUGUGCUGGAGGAGACGGAGCUACUUCCUGCAUGGGAGACUCUGGUGGUCCUCUGGUCUGUGAGAAGGACAAUGUCUGGACUCUGGUGGGCAUUGUUUCCUGGGGAAGCAGCCGCUGCUACACCACCACUCCUGCUGUCUACGCCCGCGUCACCGAGCUCCGGGGGUGGGUGGACCAGAUCCUUGCAGCCAACUGAACUGAACUGGCUGAGCUGCCACCUGUGGGAUGAACCCUCAACCCAACUAUCCGCUACACGCUGCUGAGGUCCCCGAAAUGCAGAGCCCUCUGGUGGUCCGACAGUGUGAAGCUAAACGAUAAUAAAGUUUGAAGAUCA